AUGGACCACGGACAUCACGAACUCACGGCGGCUAACCGUGACACCUGGGAUUCAAAAGCAAAAGACUAUGAUGCAAAGCCAUGGCAAAAGAAGAUAGCCUCCCAAGUAGCAGAAGCCUUGACUUCUCACGCCGAUUGGCUGGGAGCGCAUUGGGCUUCUACAGAGAACAGAGGAUGCCGUCUUCUAGACUAUGCAUGUGGAACAGGCAGUGUAACUCGCGCACUAAGCACCCACAUAACCCAUGCCACAGGCCUUGACAUUUCUCCCGCUAUGUUGGAGCAAUACACCGCUUUACUAUCAUCUUCCCAUCCAUCCCUGCACAUCUCCACAGCAGUUGCAGAUUUCUGCUCUCCCUCCCCUGAUCACGCUCUCUCGGGCCCAGAAUUCCACAACUUCAACAUCGCAGGUGUAGCCCUCGGAUUCCACCAUUUCUCCUCUCCCGCCACCUGUCUCUCUAGCCUCUACUCCCAUCUCUCUCCUUCUGGUGUGUUAUUCGUAAUCGAUUGGUUACCAAACACUGUGAAAGCAGAGGAUCAUGUGGGAAGUAAGCGUGUUCAUCCAGAAAGCGUGCAAGAGGAAGAAACAGAAGAAUGGAAGAAGAUGAAGAAAACGAUCAAAACCAAUGGGUUUGAGGAAAAAGAUAUGAGGAAGUUGUUCGAAGGGGCUGGGUUUGAAGAUUUUGGGUUUGUGGUUUUGGAGGAGAAGUUUGUGUUGGAGAUGAAUGGGAAGAAGGUGGAGAAGACUGGGUUUAUUGCAAAGGGGAGGAAGGUGUGA